AUGCCCGGCGGUGCCUGCUGGAUUCGAAAACAUAUUAGAAAGACAACACGUUUGGAAUGGAUAUUUUUCACGUGCUCUGUUCUCCAGAUAAUCGGUCGAAUCGCGGCUGUCACAUAUUCCGAUUAUGUCUAUUACGUUUUGCAUAAAAGGAUCCCAUCAGACCGUGAUCGUGUCUCAUACUCUCUUGCUGCUGUCAUUGCCAUAAUAUUCUUGAAUUCUCUGUGGUGUCUAUUGACUAUCAUCACAUUUAUUCUAACCGUCAUCGGGAUGCGAAAACGGAUUGUACUGUUGGCUCAUGCAUACCCUGUAUUUUUGUCAAUCGACAUCCACGUGUACAGUAAUAAUGUCACUGACGGAAUUAUGGUAAAUUCAUAUUAUGAUGUGGUAACCGGAUUCGGUUUUCUGCUGUUGAUCUCGGUCAUCGAAUGGCUAGCCGUGAAAUGUUGGGCGGAGAAGAAGAAACAGGGCGCAUUAAUGGGGCACCCACAAUUUAUUGAUCUCUACAGUGUA